AUGGAUGCCUUGUGUCGAGGGCGCGUGGUGAGAGUCCCCGCAGGGACCCUGGUCCGGGUGGCAGGCACAGAGCUCGUGAUCCCCUGCAACGUCAGUGACUACGACGGCCCCAGCGAACAGAAUUUUGACUGGAGCUUCUCACCUUCCGGGAGCAGCUUUGUGGAACUGGCGAGCACCUGGGAGGUGGGCUUCCCAGCGCAGCCAUACCAGGAGCGACUGCAGAGGGGUGAGAUCCUGCUGAGGCGAACAGCCAACGACGCCGUGGAGCUGCACAUACGGAAUGUCCAGCCCUCUGACCAAGGCCACUACAAAUGCUCAACGCCCAGCACGGAUGCCACCGUCCAGGGCAACUAUGAAGACACAGUGCAGGUUAAAGUGCUACCAGAUGCCCUACACUUGGGUCCCAGCGCGAGGCCCGCACCCAGCCUGAGCCUGCGGGAAGGGGAGCCCUUUGAACUGCGCUGCACAGCCUCUACCACGUCGCCAUUACACACGCACCUGGCAGUGUUGUGGGAGCUGCACCGGGGGCCCGCCCAGCGCAGUGUGCUGGCCCUAACACACGAGGGUAGGUUCCGCCCGGGUCCCGGCUAUGAGCAGCGCUACCACAGCGGGGAUGUGCGCCUAGAUACUGCGGGCAGCGACACCUACCGCCUCUCCGUGUCUCGCGCCCUGUCUGCUGACCAGGGAUCCUACAAGUGUGUCGUCAGCGAAUGGAUCACAGAGCAAGGCAACUGGCAAGAAAUCCAAGAAAAGGCUGUGGAGGUCGCCACCGUGGUGAUGCAGCCCACAGUUCUCCGGGUGUCCGUGGCCAGGAAUGUGUCUGUGGCUGAAGGGAAGGACCUGGAGCUGACCUGCAACAUUACCACAGACCGGGCGGAUGACAUGCGGCCCGAGGUUACAUGGUACUACAGCAGGACACCUGACAGCACCUUGCCUGGCCCCCGCGUGCUGGCCCGGCUGGACCGAGAUUCCCUGCUGCACAGCUCACCUCAUGUGGCUCUAAGUCACGUGGAUGCCCGCUCCUUCCUUCUGCUGGUUCGAGAUGUUAGCAAAGAAAACUCUGGCUACUAUUUCUGCCAUGUGGCGCUCUGGGUACCGGGACACAACAGGAGCUGGCACAAAGUGGCAGAGGUCAUGUCUUCUGCAGCCGGUGUGGGUGUGACCUGGAUAGAACCCAGCUAUCAAGUGUACCUGAAUGCGUCCAAGGUCCCCAGCUUUGCAGAUGACCCCACUGAGCUGGAGUGCUGGGUGCUGGACACAAAGAGCACAGAGGCGAGUGUGCGCUUUACAGUCUCAUGGUACUACAGGAGGAACCGCCGCAGUGAUGACGUGGUGACCAGUGAGCUGCUGGCAGUCAUGGACGGGGACUGGACAGUGAAAUACGGGGAGAGGAGCAAGCAGCGGUCCCAGGACGGAGAGUUGAUCUUUUCUAAGGAACGCCCAGACUCAUUCAGCUUCCGGAUCCAAAGGACAGCAGAGGAAGACAGAGGCAAUUACUAUUGUGUCAUUUCCGCCUGGACCAAGCAGCGGAACAGCAGCUGGGUGAAGAGUAAGGAUGUCUUCUCCAAACCUGUCAACAUCUUUUGGGCAUCAGAAGAGUCUGUGCUCGUGGUGAAGGCAAGGCAGCCGAAGCCUUUCUUUGCUGCAGGAAAUACUUUUGAGAUGACUUGCAAAGUGUCUUCCAAGAAUAUUAAAUCGCCACGCUACUCUGUUCUCAUCACGGCUGAGAAACCUGUCGGGGACCUCUCCAGCCCCAACGAAACCAAGUACAUCAUCUCCCUGGACCAGGACUCUGUGGUGAAGCUGGAGAACUGGACAGAUGCGUCACGGGUGGAUGGUGUUGUGUUGGAGAAAGUCCAAGAGGAUGAAUUCCGCUAUCGAAUGUACCAAACUCAGGUCUCUGAUGCGGGGCUGUACCGCUGUGUGGUGACAGCCUGGUCUCCUGUUGGGGGCAGCCUGUGGCGAGAAGCAGCAACUAGUCUUUCCAAUCCUAUUGAAAUUGACUUCCAAACCUCAGGUCCUGUUUUUAAUGCCUCUGUGCAUUCGGAAACGCCGUCGGUCACCCGAGGAGACCUGGUCAGGUUGUUCUGCAUCAUCACCGUCGAAGGGGCAGUGCUGGAUCCAGAUGACAUGGCUUUCGACGUGUCCUGGUUUGCCGUGCACUCUUUUGGCUUGGACAAGGCUCCUGUCCUGCUGUCUUCAUUGGAUCGAAAGGGGAUUGUGAGCACGGCCCAGAGGGAUUGGAAAAGCAACCUCAGCCUGGAGCGCGUGAGCGUGCUGGAGUUCUUGCUGCAAGUGCACGGUUCCGAGGACCAGGACUUUGGCAACUACUAUUGCUCCGUGACUCCAUGGGUGAAGUCACCCACCGGCUCCUGGCAAAAGGAGGUGGAGAUCCAGGCCAAGCCUAUCUUCAUAACCGUGAAGAUGGACGUGCUGAACGCCUUCAAGUACCCUCUGCUGAUCGGCGUGGGCCUGUCCACUGUCAUCGGGCUCCUGUCAUGCCUCAUCGGGUAUUGCAGCUCCCACUGGUGUUGCAAGAAGGAGGUGCAGGAGACGCGGCGGGAGCGGCGCCGGCUCAUGUCCAUGGAAAUGGACUAG